CCUUGUGAUUUCGACAAAGCCUCCAAGUCUGUGGGAAACUAUCCCGCCGGCACGCGUUAGCGGCAACCGUCGCCGGUGGCACUAGCCGCUUACUUUACAUCCAUGAUGUAAUUAGCCAGACUAGAUAUCUAGUCGACACAGGCGCCGAAGUCAGCGUCCUUCCUGCUACAGCAGCAGAUCGACAGAAGGAUCCUAACUUCAACCUACAGGCUGCAAAUGGAAAACCAAUUGCAACCUAUGGUCGGAAAUACGUCUAUCUGAACGUAGGUUUACGCAAACCUAUUCGGUGGAUUUUUCUGAUCGCUGACGUCACAAUGCCCAUCAUCGGCACGGACCUACUUAAUCAUCAUGAUUUGCUCGUAGACGUCCGCCGUAAACGAUUAAUUGACAACACUACUAGUUUGUCUAUCAAAGGCAUAACUUACGUAGGCCCCAGCUUGUCAAUCGUUAAGAUGAAAGCAAUCCUCGAUCCAACUUUUCAACCGAUUGUUGAUAAAUAUCCGGAACUGAAUUGCCCAUCUAACGACCUCCCGUGUAUAACCAGCAAUGUUAUGCACCACAUCAUAACCUCAGGACAGCCCGUGACAUCUAAAGCACGACGACUGGCCCCUGAUAAACUGAGAAUUGCCAGAAACGAAUUCGAUCAUAUGCUCACCCUUGGCAUCAUUCGACCAUCGAAUAGUCCAUGGGCAUCCCCGUUGCAUAUGGUACCGAAAAAGGAUAGCAACGAUUGGCGACCCACUGGUGAUUACCGGCGAGUGAACGCCAAAACUACCCCCGAUUGCUACCCAUUGCCUCACAUACACGACUUGACGGCAACGUUAUCUGGAGCAUCUAUAUUCUCCAAAAUCGACUUGGUUAAAGCUUAUAACCAAAUCCCCAUGGCAACGGAAGAUAUUCCGAAAACGGCUAUCAUCACGCCUUUCGGACUUUUCGAAUUUCUACGUAUGCCAUUCGGCCUCCGGAAUGCGGCCCAAACAUUCCAACGCUUCAUAAACGAAGUAUUUCGCGGUCUCGACUUUGUAUACGCAUACUUAGACGACUGCCUCAUUGCCAGUCCAGAUAAGGAAACUCACCUUAGACACUUGGACUUGGCAUUUGAAAGGUUACGCCAACAUGGUGUUACCAUCAAUAUACAGAAGUGUCAAAUAGGCGUUGACUCACUCGAUUUUCUGGGUCACACUAUUGACUGUCAGGGCAUUCGCCCACUGGCUACUUCGGUCGAUCACUCUAAGAAAACGCGUUCUGGACGUCACGUUAGAUUCCCAGAAUACCUUCACACCUAUCUCACAUAACUGAGUGACACAUCAAUUUUUUUUAUGUUGCGUCAUUUAACACAAGUAAAUGAUAUUUUUCCUAUAACCGUACAUAAAAGUAAAUUAGAUGUAUAUUUUUUUCCCCCGAUAUUUUGAACUUUACAUUAUUUUACUGU